UCGUCGACAUCAUCCUCGUCCACAAGUUCGGAGCCAAAGAAAGUUACCCCUCUGCAAAGGGUGAAGGAAUUUCCUGUUCCCCUUGGCAAAAUUUGCCACUUUCGAGAACUAUUCGAAGGUGUUUACCGACUUGGAGACAGACACACUCUGUCUGACUUAGUGCAAAAACAGGAAAAACAGCAUAUUGUUUCGGAGCUUAGUGGGUGUCAAAUUUUGAUUAUCUUCGAUGGAACAUGUCGCCUUGGAUAGGCCCUGUGCUUAGUAAUCAGAUA